GUUUUCAGGUGUCCCAGAAGAAUGAACAACCCACAGAAAGAUCAGUCAUUGCAACGCUACCUAAGCACCUUCCAUAUCUAUAAUGUGUUUGAGAAUACAUCAAUCGGCUGAAUCGAACGCACACUUGAUGUUCAGGAACACAGCUAUCGUGGGUCUGCGGUAUGCGUGGCACUGCUCUAGCACCUGACGCCGAGUGAAUAUAUGGUCUAUAAAGCCACGUCUUAGGAGGUAUACCACUUGCUCUACAAAGGGAGCUGUCUCCCUGGUGCCGCCUUAUCUUUACACUAUAGCCAGAUGUUUGUGACUAUGUAUUUUUGGCAUGGUGUAGACGUCUUGACUCCGAAUGUUUGCUUAGAGCAGCAAGGUAUUCCGGCGUUGCUUAGUGGGCUGUGUGUGAUGGUACCAGAACCACCAGAACCAUGGAUUGCGGAAAAACUGCGCAGUUUGUAUGAUAUUGGAUUUAUGGACCUAAACUGGGACACGUUUAUUGAUCCAAGCAUGCGUCCUGUUCAUCCACUUGUCAAUCAAGAAGUAUUUCAAGCGUUAUUCUGCUUCGGUAAAUUUGGACAUGCAGAAGCUGUUGAUGCGCAGGAUCAACCAACUGCUGAGAUGCUAGCCAUUGCCUAUCAGACAUACAAACAGAACGCGCUGAAAAAAUAUUUCAAAGCAUGGCAACUAUUUUUGAUCAUUGCUGAAACCCGAAGAGCCUACAAACACAACCUGAAUUUAGUUGCUUGUGACCACUGGCGUCUUCAAAAACAAUUGACUAUCUUCCUCAGAUGGAGGGAUUGGACUAGGUGGGCUGUUAAUAGAAAAGAACUCGCGAGUACACUUCUACGCAAUGUGCUUAACCAACUAACUGCAAAAAUGGCCUUAUACUUUUGGAAGCUUGUCGCCAUGAGAGCCCGUCAGAUUCGUGAGCUCAAUUCGGGACUUAUAGGAGACAAUGUACACCCGAAGGACGACGCAACCAUGGAUGAAGAUGUAUCGGAUUAUGAAUUUGGCAAAACAGAAGCGUUCCAUGUUACUGAAAAGCAUAAGGACCCGAUAAAAUCUCUACCAAAUUUCAUUCAGCGAAAAAUCUGUGCGUAUUUCACCGGUAACUUGGACGCUCCCGUCGCAUGCUCUCCGUCAUUCCCUGGAACCGAAGCAAACUACUUGCGAGCUCAGAUUGCUCGGAUUAGCGCAUCUACUCAAAUAUCUCCAGAGGGAUUUUUCACCUCUGAACAUGGAGAAGAGGAAGAAGAACCAGAGCCAGAGCAAUUGGAAGAUGAGGAGGGCGGUGGGCAAAUCACAAUUAAUGAGGAUUACGAACCACUUCCCAUGACGCAGCUUGCCAGUCCCAAGGUCGAACACUGGGUACAUCAUGUGCCUUAUAUUUUACCUCAAGGAAGGGUGACGUGGUGGAAUCCAAGCUCUUCCGAUUUUGACGAAACUGAACAGAUACCGGAGGAGGAGGAAGAAGAGGAAGAGGAGGGCGCAGGAAAAGCCCAUCCAUCUUUACCCGAAAGUGGACUACCCAUUCUCAGCCGGGUGUCAUUGGAUGCGCCAAUUUUUGGCCAACCGGCUUGGUCCGUUAAAAUGAGUCCAAUAUUCGUUCCAGAGAAUGCAGUGGUUCUGGUCUCGUCCAAUCUUUGGCCUGGAUCACAUGCCGUCGCUUGGGAAAGGAAGUUUGAAAACAUCUAUAUCGGCUGGGGAUCAAAAACAACAGGAACGGCUUUUCAACCUUAUCUACCUCCAGAUGUGAUGUCAGAAUAUCAGGAUACCCCAGAGGUAAUAGAAAUAAUAGAUCCAACGCCAGAAGAUGAAGCUGCACUUCGGAAGGUCCAGAAUGCCGAAGAAGAAAGAGGUGGCACAGAUGAAGAAGGUGUUCAAUCUGAAGGCGAAUCUGACGCGACGCGUGAGGAGGCUUGA